CAGCUGAGGCGGGGGGAGGAGAAGGCGGGCGCUGUGCGCUGCCUCGGAAAAGGAACCCAAGGGGGGGGGGGGGAAAGAAGAAGAAGAAGAAGAAGAAGAAGACUCGCCGAAGACCACCUCAGCCGUGCUGCCAGACCCCCAGAAAGGAGCGCCCAGCACCGAGGCAAUGGCAGGAAUUAGGGGGCUUCAAGCUCCGCGGCCACUUUGCCAUGGGAAAACCUCUGAGGAGAAACUAGGUCGAGGAUGAGCCUCCGAGGCACUGCAAGGAAGGGCUCCAUGCCCAGCCUUGGCCUUUACUUCAACAAAAAAUUAUCUGAGGGAAGGCUGUCUUCAGGACAGUGCAAAGGAGGGCUCUAUGCCCAGCCUGGAAUUUUACCUCAACAAUAAUAGGAAUAGUUUCUGAGGGAAGGCUGUCUUCAGGACAGUGCAAAGGAGGGCUCUAUGCCCAGCCUGGAAUUUUACCUCAACAAUAAUAGGAAUAGUUUCUGAGGGAAGGCUGUCUUCAGGACAGUGCAAAGGAGGGCUUUAUGCCCAGCCUUGGCCUUUACUUCAACAAAAAAUUAUCUGAGGGAAGGCUGUCUUCAGGACAGUGCAAAGGAGGGCUUUAUGCCCAGCCUUGGCCUUUACUUCAACAAAAAAUUAUCUGAGGGAAGGCUGUCUUCAGGACAGUGCAAAGGAGGGCUCUAUGCCCAGCCUGGAAUUUUACCUCAACAAUAAUAGGAAUAGUUUCUGAGGGAAGGCUGUCUUCAGGACAGUGCAAAGGAGGGCUCUAUGCCCAGCCUUGGCCUUUGCCUCGACAAUAAUAGGAAUAGUUUCUGAGGGAAGGCUGUCUUCAGGACAGUGCAAAGGAGGGCUUUAUGCCCAGCCUUGGACUUUGCCUCAACAAUAAUAGGAAUAGUUUCUGAGGGAAGGCUGUCUUCAGGACAGUGCAAAGGAGGGCUUUAUGCCCAGCCUUGGACUUUGCCUCAACAAUAAUAGGAAUAGUUUCUGAGGGAAGGCUGUCUUCAGGACAGUGCAAAGGAGGGCUUUAUGCCCAGCCUUGGACUUUGCCUCAACAAUAAUAGGAAUAGUUUCUGAGGGAAGGCUGUCUUCAGGACAGUGCAAAGGAGGGCUUUAUGCCCAGCCUUGGACUUUGCCUCAACAAUAAUAGGAAUAGUUUCUGAGGGAAGGCUGUCUUCAGGACAGUGCAAAGGAGGGCUUUAUGCCCAGCCUUGGACUUUACCUCACUAAAAUAAUAAUCUCUGUUGCCUCAGGAAAAGGAGGAAACCACUUAAGCCAUGCUACUCUGUCAGAAAAAAACUUUUUUCAAAAUGUGUGUGAGAAUGUGGGCUUCAAGCCCCUUGCUAAAAAACAGUCUCUGAGGGGAAAUGGAAUUUCUAAGUGGGGAGUUCACCUCUCUGCUUGUGCUUCAUCUUGCCAAAAAAGCCUCAACUCCCCUCUGAGGAUGCUGCAGCCGUGCUGACGUGUACAAAAGCCCUGCCACCUCAUUGCCCACAUUUAUCGCAUCUUGUCUGCAGAGGGUAAAACGCGACAGAUUCUCCCCGUCCUCAGAACGCUGGGGCGCCACAGUCUUCUGCAUCACGGUGAAAACCUGUCCACUAAUAGAGCGUUCUUUCUCUCUGCAUACUAAUGUUAUAACUAUGGACAGCGUAGGGCAGGACUUCUGAGCGCAACGGCACAGGGGCUGUAGCAGAGAAUUCCGUGAGGCCAGGAUCUGUGUAACUACAGACUGGGCCAUUUUAGUCUGAGAAAACUCAGUGCAAUUUGAGGCUGUCAAAAGAAACCUGAGACUUUUUUAUUCUCCUGACAGCUGUGUAAGGCAGCAUAACUCAUAAGAUAGUGGCUGGCUUGAAUGGAACACCCUCCAUGCGUGUUAGAAGCUUCAGGCUUCUAGAUUCUGCCAACACCUUUCUGAGGCAGCAUGAUAUCUAAUUUUCCAGUGGGCUUGAAUGGAACAUGCUUCAUGCAUGUGGGGAGUUUCAGACUUCUAUAUUCUCUCAACUGAAGAGAGAAUUCUCUUCUUAGCCUCUCAAAUUUGGUUUGAGUCAUUAGUUUUUAUCUUCUUAUAUCUGUGAACUGCAAGAGCCAUCUAGGUGAGACGGUAUAAACCUAAUACAUAACACAACUAUGGGAGGCAGCACAAUCUCUAAUAUAGUGGCUAGCUUGUAAGGAAGACGCUUCAUGUAUGUCAGAAAAAUCAGGCAUCGUUAUAAUUCUGCUAGCCUUAUGUGGCAGCAUCUCCGAUUUAGUGGCUGACCUGAAUGAAUACACUUCAUGUGUGUUCUGUUCUACCCCCUCAACAACACUUGUGGCAGCUUUGGCAAAAAGAAAUAGAAUUGGCACGUGUCCAAUAACUACUAUGCCCGAGUAGUGCUUUUGGAACAUUUUAUCUUCCCAAGAGACCUGAGUGGCAGACUUCAAGAAACAACCAAAGGAGGUAACGUCACAGAAGCCAAGAAGACAUGAAAGCAGCCAACCACACACACAGGCACACAGACACGAGAAGCGUCAGGCUUCCUUAUUGUCCCAAGAAGACUAAAUGUUCUCUGGGCAGCUCACAACACAACAUGGCAAAACAUCCAAUAAACACACAGACAACAUGACAGACAAAGCGCACACACACACACACGAAGCGUCAGGCUUCUUUUUUGUCCCAAGAAUAAUAAAUGUUCUCUGGGCAGCUCACAACACAUUACAACACAUACAACAUGACAGACAAAGCACAACACAAAGCAGCUGUGGUAGGCAGCCUCACCUCUCAAAUAGUGACUGACUAACUUUAAUGCAACACGCUUCAUGCGUGUUAGAAGCUUCAGGCUUCUCUAUUCUCCCAAACAACACUGAGGGGCUACAUACACUCUAAGGUGGUGGCUGCCUUUAAUGGGACAUGCUUCAUGCAUGUUCCAUUGUCUCGUCUUGACAACGCAUCAUAGCGAAUCUGGCAAGAAGAAACCGAGUCGGCCCUUGUGUCCCAAUGACUUCCGUGCCUGAGUUUGCUUCUGGACCAUCUUCUCCUCCCAAGAGGCCUGCCUGGCAGGUUUUCCUCUGCCCCUGAAGGGGAAGUCCAGUGAAGAAAUGUUGAACAAGACUUUCAUUGUGUCUGCUCCAGGGAAGGUGAUAUUUCAUGGCGAACACGCUGUCGUUCAUGGCAAGGUUGCUCUGGCAGUAGCAUUGAACCUGAGAACCUUCCUUCAGAUGACCCUUCGAGACCAGGGGAAAGUCUUGAUCUGCCUGCCGAAUAUUGGGACGACGUUAUGCUGGGAAACCUCUGAGCUCCAGCCGUUGUUAGCGGCGUUCCCUGCUGAUCUGACUGAAUCUCAGUCCCCAAACCCAGAACAAGUGAAGAAGCUGAGAGAGUUUGUAGGGAUUGUUGAUGACGCCGCCUCUACCCACAGCCUGGCCACCGUUGCCUUUCUCUACUUGUACCUGUCCAUCGCCUCCCAGUGUGGGGUCUUGCCAAGUGUGGACAUCGUGGUGUGGUCUGAGCUGCCCACAGGUGCUGGGUUAGGCUCCAGUGCGGCUUAUUCGGUCUGCCUGGCAGGGGCUCUGCUUUCUGCAUGCGGAGUCAUUGGGUACCCUUUGGAGGAGGGCAAGUCCGUGGCCAGGUGGAAUAAGGAGGAGCUGGAUUUAAUCAAUAAGUGGGCCUUCCGAGGAGAACAGGUGAUCCAUGGAAAUCCAUCUGGGGUGGAUAAUGCCGUGGGGACCUGGGGAGGAGCGUUGCGAUACCAGUCGGGGAAGAUUUCAUCUUUGAAAAGAGUUCCUACUCUAAGGAUUCUGUUGACCAACACUAAGAUCCCUCGGAGCACUAAGAUCCUAGUGGCGGGAGUGAAAGACAAGAUUCUGAAGUUUCCCGCCAUCAUGGAGCCAGUUCUCACUUCGAUAGAUGCCAUCUCUCGGGAGUGCGAGGGUGUCCUUGAAAGAAUGGCUGACCAUCCGUCGCAGGAACUCUACCCUGUGCUGGAGGAACUCAUUGAUAUCAACCAGCAUCAUCUUAAUGUGAUUGGCGUUGGCCAUUCGUCACUGGACAAGCUCUGCCAAGUCACCGCCUCGCACGGGCUGCACAGCAAGCUGACGGGGGCCGGCGGAGGUGGCUGUGCCAUCACACUGCUGCGGCCAGACACGGCUCCGUCAGUGGUGGAGGCCGCGACCCGGGACCUUGGCACCUGCGGGUUUGAGUGCUGGGAGACGGACAUCGGGGGCCCUGGAGUAUGUGCCCAUUCGCUGCCCUCUCUGAAAGCUGAAGUCCUGCAGGCUUUUAAUGGGAUUUAAAAGGGGGCCCUGGAACACCCCCUCUCCUCCUCGGAGUCGGUUCUUGGUCUGGCGAGCUGGGCCCUUGUUUGAAGCGGAUGCGGGAUGCCCUUCCAGGUCAAGCGCCAAGUGAUGGGAUUGCUUGGUGGCAUUUGGAUCCAGUUGUGGUCAGGCUGUGGGAGGAGGCAUAGUGUGGACAUGCAGACUCAUCCGAGCUGGUGGAAGUGGUGUUGGUGUUGGUGUUGCUUGGCCUGAGCUGAGCCUGGUUGCCUGGGUUGCAGGGCUGUAGCUGAGUGCUGUCGAGGGGUGUGCUCUGCUUUUCGCCUGCUGACUUCCGCAGCAAGGCUCUCCUCUUCUGUACUGUUGACGCUGGAAAGUCCAGCUACUGCUUAGCUCUUGUGCUGAGAAGACAGCUGCUAUCUCGUGUUCCUGUGCUUUGACGGCAGAACUGGUGCUGUGGAGACCCCCGUGGGGCUGAGUGGGGGGACCGUAGUGGCUGCGGAAUAGCCAUAAAACAGCAGGCGAGGGUGUAUGGGGGAUUUUUGCCAAGGUGAAGCACCAGCCAAGGGGAGGGAUGCUUCAUCUGUCUCACCCUCUCAGACCUGUCUCUUUAAAAUAAAUAUAUUUAUUUGGAAGCAUGUUUA